AUGGCGCUGGGCUCGGCCUGGAAGCGGCUCUCGUGGCUCUACUACCAGUACCUGCUCGUGACGGCGCUCUACAUGCUGGAGCCCUGGGAGCGCACGCUCUUCAAUUCCCUGCUGGUUUCUGUGGUUGGGAUGGCCCUGUACACGGGCUACGUGUUCAUGCCUCAGCACAUCAUGGCAAUCCUGCACUACUUCGAGAUCGUGCAGUGAGGAAGACGGUGCUUGCGAGAAGUGAUCGUGGUCAGAGCGUCGUCCUGCGAGGAAGAGUGAACCUCUUGGUCGUAACGAGGCUUCUGCGAUGUCAAAGAGAGAAAGACCCARUUAUGGCUCCGAAGACGAAGACACCAGAUAUGUAGAGAUGGGACAUGGGAUGUCCCCUUUGUUGUGUUCGUUCCUUUUAAUUUUACAAGAUGCCCUUGUAUAGUAGUUUGGUCUAUUUUAACAUUGUGAUUGUACUUUGAUAUCAGUAUUUUCUUAACUUUGUGACAGUUUCAAUAUUGCACUGUGAAAGCUUUUCUUAAUUGUAAUUUUGAGUAAAUCUUAAUUGCCUUCUAUUUUUAAUGGAAAAGUCAUCUUAUUAAAUGGGGCUUAAAGCUUUUGCUAUUGUACGGUAUGUAUUUGCCUGGGUAUUUCUAUUAAUGCAUUUUUGUAAGAAAAUACACCUAGAUUCAUAUCAGGAACAUAGAUACCUUCAUCUAACAUUAUCUACAAAAAUUAGUUUGUAUGACUGAACUCAGGUGUACCGUUUGCUGUCCAAACUUUGUUCAACAGUGUAUUUGUGCAGACCAGUUGAAUUUGGAAGUAGCGAUUAGUUGAAGUUCCUAUUUCCCACCUGUUGGAGGAGGGUGGCCGAGAGGGGAGAGCUGAGACCGGCCGACGGCCACCCGUGUCCUUUGGAGCAGGGCCGUGGUUGUGGCGCGUAAGUA